AAUCUUCUGUAGGAGUCGAAGGGGUUGAAGACGGAGAUGGAGACGGUUCGGCAAUGGGUGCAGUAGUCGUCAUUUUCGAUGAAGUGGCAAAGGUGAAAAGCAGUGCUAUGACCAAGAUCAAGAAGAAGUGGGAGGAGAAGGCCGAGGCAGAGGUUAAGGCAGAGCUCAAUAGCCGAAGCAGGGGUGUAGGUGGAGGUGCAGGUGCAGGUGAGGAGGAGCAAAACAUUCUUGAAGUCCUUGAUUUUUGUCCAGAAACCAAGAUGAAGUCUAGGGCUUCAUCUUCAGCAUCUACCCUUUCUUUUCGACCUUCUGUGGAUCGAUCUGGUGCUAGACAAGUUGUUUGUGAUCAUGGAUUAGCGGCACAGCUUCAUGUUAGCACGAGUGAGUUAAACCCAGGAAUAAGCCAGGUGGUGGUGGAGCAAGAGCUUGCAUUUUUUUUUAAUAGGUUGAUGCUGAAUUAUCGAGUUGUGCAGAGAGUAGUGGAGGUGUUGAAAUGGAAGCAAUGGUGUCUAAAAGAGAAAAUGACGAAAAGUGUAUCUGUGGAAUGGACAGCAAAGAAGGAAUGCUAGAAAAAAUAGAAGAGAAUGGAA